UUUAACGCGCGCGAAGCGCGUGCUUAUAUUAUCUAAAAAUAACUUUUGGUCCUCCUAUUUCUUCUCUUGCCUUGUGACAUUAUAUUACAUACUCUCUCUCCUCCUACCAUGUCCCUGCCUCUCUUGGUUCUGUUCACUCGGAGAUUACAUUAGUAUUUCUAUACUAUUUUUAAGAUAUUAUUUUAUCAAAAUAUUAAAAUAUUUCUAAUCUAUUGAAAUAAAAUUAGAUAUAUACUUAUGCUUGAUGCAUAAUGCGACAAAUUUUCAGUGACAUAUUCGUAAGCGGACCUGAGUGGUGUAAAUGCUUCUCCAAGGCCGAACGUCCAUGUGUCGCAGUGCGUAAACGAUCAUCGCCGGAUUCUGCACCUGCAUGCGAUUCGCGAGGAUAUUAUCGUAGUACUCAAUGUCAUCGAGGCCUUGGCCUUUGUUGGUGCGUCGACCCGCACGGCGUUGAGUUUGCUGGUACCAGAACACGCGGUACAAAGCCUGAUUGCGACACGAUUGUAAACAAGAUUAGCAGCGGUGGACUCAAGACCAACAGUGUAGAUCUUGAUGACGAUGAAGAUGGUGAUACCGAUUCUGCUCAGGAUCUUGAAGGCUCGGCUGAUCAACCCCUAGAUUUUUAGAUUAUUAGGGAGUAGCGAUCAGUAAAAAAAUAGAAGUACAGCAGCUUGACCGAUAUAAGUAAAAAUCAACCAUACCGUCAAAGAAAUGCGUAAAAUGAUGCGCGCAUCCAGUCCAUGUCGUCCACUGGCCUCGAGAAUAGCCGUUGUAAUCGGGAUGUCCUCCAUGUCAUCGGAUCAUCUGUCGAUCCUACUGAGAUAUCCAUGCGUGAUAAACAAAACGUAAGCCUAAAUUAAUUCCGAGUACAACGAAAAACACGACGAUCAUUAAUUAUGGGAAAGUCGGAUCUGAAGCGAGUCGCGCUGGAAUACAGCGAUUGUUGAAUUGUAACGACUUCAAUCCUCCUUCAUUCUAGUUAGAAAAUCUCAACGUCAUCGACGUUAAUGUAGCAAAUGUCUUGCCUGUCGUAAUAAUCGCGCAUACAUCCGAUAAGUGGCAUUUGCAAACAAGUCUAUGUAAGUCAUAGAGUUUAUAUAUCUAGAAGCAGGGUUGGGAAAGUUACUUUCUAAAAGUAACUAGUUACAGUUACAGUUAUUUCAUUGAAAAAGUAAUUAGUUACAAUUACAGGUUACCGAUUUUAAAAAAUAACUCGUUACAGUUAUAGUUACUCAAAAAGUAA